CGUGGCACGUUGCAAGAUGAAGAAAUGAACGCCUGAGAAGACGGAUUUUCCAAAAGCGAAGAACUGAAGAUAGAAAAACAGGAAGGAGGAGAAACCGGGAAGAGACGAACGCAAAUCACAACAAUGGCGCAACUUGCAGAAACCUAUGCCUGCGUUCCGUCGACGGAACGAGGUAGAGGGAUCUUGAUAUCUGGCGAUUCCAAAUCGAAUUCGAUUCUCUACUGCAAUGGUCGAUCGGUAAUAAUUCGUUACCUUGAUCGGCCACUUGAGGUCAAGGUAUACGGAGAGCAUGCUUAUCAGGCUACCGUCGCUCGAUACUCUCCAAAUGGAGAAUGGAUCGCAUCUGCCGAUGUUUCAGGUACGGUCAGGAUAUGGGGAGCGUACAACGACUUUGUAUUGAAGAAGGAAUUCAAGGUGCUCACAGGUAGGAUCGAUGAUCUUCAGUGGUCUGCUGAUGGACAGAGAAUUGUAGCAUCUGGUGAUGGCAAGGGGAAAUCGCUUGUUCGCGCUUUCAUGUGGGAUUCAGGAACUAACGUGGGAGAAUUUGAUGGUCAUUCAAAAAGGAUACUAAGUUGUGCAUUUAAGCCAACUAGGCCUUUCCGAAUUGUAACUUGCGGAGAAGACUUUUUGGUGAACUUUUAUGAAGGACCACCAUUUAAAUUCAAGCUUUCUCACAGGGAUCAUUCCAAUUUUGUAAAUUGUGUACGAUUUUCACCAGAUGGCAACAAAUUCAUCACUGUAAGUUCUGAUAAAAGGGGCAUCUUGUACGAUGCAAAAACAGGAGAUAAAGUGGGAGAAUUAUCUUCUGAGGAUGGUCAUACUGGCAGCAUUUAUGCUGUCAGCUGGAGUCCUGAUGGUAAACAGAUUGUUACUGUGUCUGCUGACAAGACUGCAAAGAUAUGGGAGAUAUCUGAAGAUGGUAGUAAUGGGAAGGUGAUAAAAACAUUAACAUCUCCUGGCUCUGGUGGAAUUGAUGACAUGCUAGUUGGAUGCCUAUGGCAGAAUGAUUUUAUUGUUACUGUUUCUCUUGGUGGAACUAUUAGCUUGUUUUCUGCAAGUAAUCCUGAUAAUGAUCCUCUUUUAUUGUCUGGACAUAUGAAAAACAUCGCUUCACUGGCAGUUAUUGGGAGCUCGCCAAGACUAAUUUUGUCCAGCAGCUAUGAUGGAUUGAUUGUUAAAUGGAUCCAAGGUGUUGGAUAUAGUGGCAGGUUAGAUAGGAAGGUAAAUGGUCAAAUCAAAUGCUUCACCGCUGUUGAUGAGGAAAUUGUUUCAUCUGGGUUUGACAAUAAGGUCUGGAGAAGUUCUUUUUUGCAUGGAGACCAAUUAGGGGAUGCAGAGUCUAUUGAUGUAGGCAACCAGCCAAAAGACUUAAGUCUUGCCCUUCUUUCUCCUGAAUUGGCCUUAGUUUGUACAGAUUCAGGAGUUUCACUCCUCCGUGGGACAAAUGUCGUGUCAACCAUUGACCUUGGAUUUUCUGUGUCAGCGUGUGUUAUAACACCUGAUGGAAGUGAAGCCAUUGUUGGUGGACAGGAUGGGAAACUGCACAUGUACUCUAUCGAAGGUGAUUCGCUUACAGAAGUGGCUGUUCUUGAGAAGCAUCGAGGUGCUAUUACAGUCAUACGUUACUCUCCAGAUGUUUCCAUGUUUGCUUCGGGUGAUUCCAACAGAGAAGCUAUUGUCUGGGAUCGUGCCUCCCAUGAGGUGAAGCUUAAGAAUAUGUUGUACCAUACAGCACGUAUAAACUGCCUAGGUUGGUCCCCCGAUAACAAAAUGGUCGCAACCGGAUCACUAGAUACAUGUGUCAUUAUUUAUGAUAUUGAAAAGCCAGCUUCAAGUCGCAUCACAGUAAAGGGGGCUCAUUUAGGUGGUGUUUAUGGUGUGUCAUUCAUCGACGAACAAAAUGUGGUCAGUUCCGGUGAAGAUGCAUGCAUCCGCGUGUGGCGGUUGAGUUAGUGGGGAGCUCUUUGGUAACUUAUAUUUGUGUUUCGGUCUUCCAUAGGUAUAUGUGAGUUGAAAUAAUUGUUUUUCGGAGUUUUCAACCUCUUGCAGAAGGGCAUAUUCAUGACCAUCUGCUCGUGGAGAGGAUAUUCGAAGCAAAUGGUGGAUUCGUGUAUUGAGUGUGGGUUCCGGUUGAGGCAAAGGAAAAGAAGUGAUUUGUGGUUUUUUUUUUAAUGGCUGUUAUAGAAUGAUGAGUAUGAUUUUCAGUUUUUUUUUCACGUCUUCUACUUGCUAUUUUUGUUCUUUGAUACUUCAAUUUUUACCAGAAUGCUUAUUUAUUAGAUUGUAUUGGUUUGUGGAAAUGAAUUAUUAUUAUUUGAAAAUUUAUAAAAGCUUGUUUUUGCCAUAA